AUGGUACUAUUUGCAAUGUUGUCAAGAAUUGAUGGCUUGAUGCUAUCUGAAUCAAUGGAUACAUCACAGAAUGAUUCGUUCGACAAGACAUACAGAGACCAAGCAAAGAUGAUCUUUAGCAAGUUGUCAAGAGUCUCAGAGAAGGCAAUGACACUUGAUACCGAUAAAUAUUACUUUGCAUAUAUAAUAGAGAAUGACGUUUGUUAUCUAUGUCUAUGCGAGCGAUCAUACCCAAAGAAGUUAGCGUUCCACUUUUUGGAAGAGCUGUACAAGGAGUUUGAUACAUCAUAUGGAGCAGAGGUUGCAUUGGCCAAACGACCCUAUCACUUUGUCAAGUUUGAGACAUUCAUCACCAAGACAAAGAAACUGUACAAAGAUACGCGAUCGCAGCGCAACCUGUCCGACGUCUCAUUCGAACUGCGAGACGUCCAAAAGAUCAUGACAAAGAACAUCAGAGACAUUGUUGGAAGAGGCGAGAAGUUGAAUGAUGUCAACCAAAAGUCAGAGAUGCUGUUGGCAGACUCGAUGAGAUAUGAGAAGCAGACGAUUGACUUGGCCUCCAAGUUGUUCUUUAAGAAAUAUGGUCCACUCCUUAUACUCCUAUUGUUCUUUGUCCUCUUGUACAUAAGGUUCGCCUAUUGGUAG